UACCCGGUUACCAAUUAAUUCUGUCAGUUUGUUGGUCUCAUCUGAAUCGAUAUGAAGUACCUCAUCGCUCUGUGUUUGGUAGUUUCGGCGUUCGCUCAGGCUCCAAAACCUUGCGAUUCACCACCACAAUGGGAAGCCAGGGAAAUAAGACAAGAUUACUCCCGAAAAUUUGAGGAAUUUCGUAAAUUGAGUUAUGAUGAGACCAACAGGAGGGUUCGAGAAGUAGAGGAAAUCCUCUUAGGAUCAGAUAAGGAAUAUGUUGAUAGACUUUACUUGUAUAAUGAGGCCAAGAACUACUCACUCAAUCUGAAAACCAAAGUAUGCACAGUGACAGCUUUAAACAGACCAUUCCGCCAUCGUGGUGUAUUUCCAGGAGCUAAAUUUGAUGGUAUUUUCAAUAUCGGUGCUGUGGGAGUCCCAGGAGAAGUAGUAGCAGUCCAGGCUUUCUCAGCUAAUGGAACUGACGGUUUUUAUACUGGUUUGGUCACAUAUCCAAGCUGUUACCCCGUGCAGAAUUUAUUCUUUAGUAAGGAGAAUGGAUUUGAACACUCAGACUACUUCGAUUUGAAUAUUGGAAUCGUUGACCUGAAUAUUUUCAUCCCACCUCAAGAAUGUAUCAAGGCAGAAGAGGAAAUGAAAAAGAAGAAGAUUAUGCCCGUCGUAUAACACUGAAGUGCAUUUCAUUCUCUUCAAAUGAAAGCGACAUCAAAAUCUUGCUUUUUAAAAAGUUAGCUGUUUGCCUAUCGAGUUAUGUGUUAUCAUUUUAAAUUGAAAUAUUUUGUUAUUUAAACAGCUCGAUUGAAAAUAAAAUUUGUACUUACA